AUGAGUUAUUCCAAUAAUAUUUCCAUUAAUAAGAACAAAAGUAUUCUUGAGCUUAAGGAUGCAAUCAAAGAAAAAUUGCAGGAUACAUUUUGGAAUAUAGAUACCAUUGACAUUAAACUAUGGAAUAUGCAAAUUGCUCAAGAUGAUUUGAGACUUGAUGUGUUGAAUAAAGAGGAGGUAAAUGAAGUACAGUAUGUAACAGAUAAGAUCAAGAAACACUUCAAGGAUACAGAUAAUAACAAUAUUCACAUUAUUAUUCAAGGCAAAGAAAGUGGUGCUCUUGAAUAUCAAAUUAAUAAUCUUGAUGAUGAGGAUGAAGAAGAUCUCGAAUCAACUUUUUCUAAUGUCAUAAGUAGAAACUAUUUAGUCAUAGAUAAUGGUGGUUAUAAUAAUAUUGUUGGUAAAGAUGAAUAA